AUGUUGUGGGCACGUGCCUCACGUGAUCCAAGCCGGGCUCUGGCCCGUUACAGUUCUGCCACCGCCUUGCCCAUCAUCCUUAUUAUUGUCCUGCUUGCUUCAUUCCUUCCCUUCUCCAAGCUUUUUGUAAACAAACGACUGAUUGACUACGUUGAUGGUGGUGGCUGCCUAGACACCCAUGAUGAUGUUCCUAAUGAUAUCCGUCGGGACCUCGUUCUGGAGAGUCAGAAAGAAAGGAAAUCGAGAAAGACUGACGUGACAAACGGACCAUCAUAUCCCUCGACCAUCAUUAAUGUUCUGCCGGCACAAAACGGCAGUACCCCCAUAGUCAGUUCCUCUCUACACAAUGCUUCAUCUGAUGAGCACGUCAUUAUUCCUGGGCCUCGUGAAGUGGCUGUAAGGGAAUACUGCGAGUGGUUAGAAUCACGCGCCACCGAUGAGGCGUAUAAAGCUGGUUUCCGCAAAAUAUGCCAAGUAACUUUGGAAAAUCACCUAGAUCUUGAACUGAUUCUUGAGGAUCCAGACUCUGGCUUUUUCGUUGAGCGAGGGAUCCAAAUUGGAACAGCCCGUCGUUUCCUGCGCGAUAUAAACGAAUGGGCUACUGUGAUGAAACCAAACGGACUUGACCAGACCACCGUUGGAAGUGUCUGCUGUGCCGAAUGA